AAUCUACCCCCCAAAAAAUUGAGACAAAUAGUCGGUAGACAUUUAAUUUCAAGUAUGACAGUGCGAACAACUUCAUUAUAAUAAAAUAAAUAUCUGAAAGCAGAAUUUACAAAUUCUUUUACAGAAUCGAAUAGCUUAGAUAGAAUGUGUGUUGGAUUGGAGCCACGCGACUACGGAUUACUUACAAUUGAGUUGUACAACAACGCUUUUGAAUAACAUAUUCAAUUCUGUUUGGAUUUGUAGUGUGACCAGCUCGAGCAUGGGCGGAGAUGGCAUGGCGUAGUGUUGCGAUGGCCGCACCGCUCGACGCGUCGCUCGCCGCGCCGCUCGCCGCACCGCUCGCCGCGCUGUUCGCUGUGCUGUUGGCCUCGGUUGCUUGCCGCGAGCCGACACUCGAGCCGGUGCGUUUCGAAGCAGCUUUCCAAGGGCGGUGUGGCGAGGGCAGCCCGUGCGAGCAGUUGUGCCGGGAGCUACACGAUGGCACCUACGAGUGUGGCUGCGGCCCUGGUUAUGUACUGCACGUUGAUGGAUACGGGUGUCUUGAGUUAAACGCAACAAAAUCAACCGAAUCUUCUGGCACAAAAGAAGAUGUCCUAUAUCAGAAAGACGUAUCAUUUUCAGCAGAACUAGAAAUAGCCCCGUCCAAUAGAAUUAGUAAAACUAUUGUAAGCGAAAAACAUUUGGAUGAAAGAAUAACAUUACCAACGAUACAAAACAAUACAAAAGAAACAAAUUAUACGUACACGGGCGAAAGAUCGAAACAAAUCGACGGACUUAAGAGUUUGAUCGAAGACGGAGUUAGCAAAACUGAUAUAAAUAUUAUUUCUGAGGACAAAUUAAAAGAAGCCAAUCUCGAUGUGAGCGUGAAAGUUACAACCCUCGGUCCAAGUUUGGAGCAAAAGGUACCCGGUGCGACAGUGGCGCCGCCGUGGACCGCCGCGGUGGAGAGCUGCGAGUGCGAUUCCUGUGACGGCGCGCGAUGCUCCUGUCCGCUUAGUAACAAAUGCAAAGAUAUAAAGAUCUCAACGCCGCGUUUCUCCGGCACGUCGUGGGUGGCGCUGCAUGCACUGCGCGGUGCGUACAAGCGCGUUCGUUUACGAUUGCGUGUGCGGCCGGAACGCGCUCGCGGCGUGCUUCUCCUUACCGGCGAGCACGACGACCUCUCGGGGGACUAUCUGGCAUUAUUACUGAGGAACGGACAUCUAGAACUGAGAUUCGACUGCGGCAGCGGCGCGGGCAUCCUCCGCUCGCCGGAGCCGGUACGCUUGGGCAGAUGGAACACGGUCUCCGUGUACCGACAUCGCUGGGACGCCUGGCUGAGGCUCAAUAACGGCAAACGAGUCCGCGGACGAUCUAAGGGUCUAUUUUCCCGGAUGACAUUCCGGGAGCCAGUAUGGGUCGGUGGCGCUGGCAACACGACUGGACUGCAGAACAAGCUGAGUCUCUCUGAAGGUCUGCUCGGAUGCGUCGACUUUCUGAGAAUAAACGGCGAUACGUACAGACUGAUGAAAGAUGCUAUAUCUACACAAGAUAUCGCGGAAUGUGCACCGACCCUUGCACCUUGGAAGCCGUACAGAGAAGCGACUACCAGCGAAACAGUACACCACAAGCAUUCAGACAAUCACGCAAUAUACGAUAUUAAUGAUAUAGUACAUUUCGAAGACAACGAUAUUGUAAUGAGAGAUGCGAAAACAACAGACGAGCAAAACAAAAUGGAUAACUCCCUUGAUAUGUACAAACCGUACGAUUAUAAGAAAAUGAAUUUCCUUCUUGAUGUUGAUAAUGAUUUAAAUAUGAAAGGUGAUGAAGGUAAAGUUGAUGAAAUUAAAAGUGAUGAAGUAAAAGAUGUGAAAUGUGAAUGCGAACACGGCGGUGGCUGCGUUGGUGGAGUUUGUUUGUGUCCGGUUGGAUAUGCUGGGGUUAGAUGCGAAAUAACACUGGAUUUAAAAGUUCCUCGCUUCAAUGGCUCAUCAUACCUUCGUCUUCCCAGCCUUGGUAACUCGGCGCAAUCCUGGCUUGACAUACAGAUAACAUUGAAGCCAACGAGUGGAGAUGGUCUUGUAUUGUACGACUCUCAGCGGCCGAGCGGCGACGGGGAUUUCUUCUCGUUGCAUCUCAGAGACUAUUUCGUGGAGUUCGCAUUCGAUCUCGGCUCGGGAAUUGCACUACUGGUGAUCAACGACCAAGAGCUAUCCGUGGUAUCUUCAGCUCUGGGCGGAGUCAACGUUGACAAUUGUGAGGACCCGAAGAACAAUUCAUGCUUAGACAAGAAUCUAUGUAAAGAAUCGAUAAAACCACUGCAAUAUUUGAAUAUAUCCGAAAACGAAAUCCAUCACUCGAUAGUCGCGAAGAAAGGAUUCAAAUUGAAAUAUCACAAAGUAAAAUCGAAGAAACAUCACUAUACAGAAAAAUACAAGAAAUAUUUAGCUAAAAACCAGUAUAUUCAGAACGAUGAGCCGAUAGACAAUGUACCAACAGACGGGCCAUACGAUGGUCAGACGUAUAUGCAAGUUAAAUAUAUAAAUGGCAACGAAAUCAAUUGGGGAGAUACAAAUUCUUAUCCAAGUUUUACAGGAAAAGAUAGUUUUAUACAUAUAGAUGAUGAAGAAACUAUGAAAAGGUGA